AUGCGUGGACUCCCGCACGUUGACUGCUCAACGAAGCGGUCGUGGCCUCCGAACGUGAUCGCGGCAACAUGCCUAAACCAACCCACAGGCGCGAACACUCAGACCCUACGCCCCCCGCUCAACAGCCCGCACCGUCAAAGCGCCCGCGCUCGCCUGUCGCGGGCGAGCCCGAGAGCUAGCGUCUCCGGCGAGAAGCCGAUCCAGGCGACCGCAGCGCAGCCAAGGCCGACACGCGCUGCAAGACACGCGCGGCUGGUGGAGCUCGGGCGUGACCUGGAGGCCUGUCAGGGAGACGUCGCGCAGACGAACGAGCGGCUCGCUCGGUGCGAGGCCCGGCUGUCUGAGACGGUGACACCGCGCGGGGACGCAGACACCGAGGUGGCGGAGGCGUGCGCACUGCUGGCGAACGCGCGGGCUCUGAUGGUCGAGGGGCAGGUGCUGCUGGUCGAUAUGACCGCAGAGCGGGACCGGCUCGCGCAGGACGACCAGCCGCCUGUCAACCUCAGCUUGUGA